CAUUUUCUGUUAGUAUUUUUGUUUCUCACACUGGCGUAUACUCUUGCCCCCAAUUUCAAAACCUUGGAUCCCUCUUUCUCCAUUCACCAACAAAAAGGAAAAAAGAAAUUUGAAUUUCUGAUUUCUCUGAUUCCUAUUUCGAUUUGAAACAGAAAAAGACAACGAAAUCGUCGCUUGGAUUUCACAAUCCUAUUCCCUUUGAAAUAGGGUUUCAAAUUCCUAAUCUUUCAUCAAAGCGUUACGUGCCUUUGAAAUUUGAUUUUAUUUUCUCCUUGUGAUAACCGCUACGAAGGCUUCUUCUUUUUCGUCUUCUUAGUGGUUCAUCUUUCACAAAAGAAAUCAAAUUAAAAUUAGGCUUUUUGUUAUCAUUGUUGCUUUUUUUUUUUUGUUGUUGGGAAUAUUUGGGGAUAAAAAGGUCAACUAAAAAAAGUGGAGGUUUAGCGAUGUUGGGUGAGAAUCGCAGUGGGUUUAAAAGUUGUUUCUUUCAUUUGGCUGAAUGGCAUCCUUUGGAAUAGCAUAGCUGAUUAGGGCAUCAAGCCCUCUUUGAUUUAUCCCUCCUUGAUUUUUUUUUUAAUCAGGUUUAAGAUUUGUGAUUCGUUGUGCUGAGAGCUGUAAUUUACUACUUUCAAGGUUUUGAGUGUUCUAAUGUUCAGUAAGAGCUUUUCAUUUGCCAAAGCAAUGGGCUGCUGUGGUUGCUUCGGCUUCACAACAAAGCCCAAACAAUUGUCGCGGCCCAAUUGCGGGUCAAACUUACGAAUGUCCCAGGAGUUUUUGUUAGAUGAAGAAAUAGAAGAAGAGGAUGAUUGUUCAUAUAAUGGUGAGGUUACCAGCACUGCUCAUGGAGAUGAGGUUGAGAAUCUAAGCCGUGCCAAGCGUUCUGAAGAGAUUUUGAGGUUCAAACUUGACAAUGGAUUUAUUUGCAGGCAAUUUCCUGUCAAGGAAACGAACAAGAUUAUUCGCUCAGAGGAUGAAAAUGGGAAUAAGAUGGUUAAUGAGUAUGUGCGUGAAUACAAGAUUGGUUCUGGUAGUUAUGGGAAAGUGGUUCUAUAUCGAAACAGUGUAGAUGGAAAGCACUAUGCAAUUAAGGCCUUUCAUAAGUCUCAUUUAUUAAAGCUGCGGGUUGCUCCAUCAGAGACUGCAAUGACUGAUGUUCUUCGUGAGGUUCUAAUUAUGAAAAUGUUGGAACAUCCUAAUAUAGUUAAUCUCAUUGAGGUGAUUGAUGACCCAAGCACGGACCAAUUCUACAUGGUUCUUGAAUAUGUGGAAGGCAAAUGGGUUUGCGAGGGUUCCGGUCCUCCAGGAGGCAUUGGAGAAGAUACUGCUAGGAAGUAUUUGCGAGAUAUAGUAUCUGGGCUUAUGUACCUCCAUGCUCAUAAUAUUGUGCAUGGAGAUAUAAAACCUGAUAAUUUGUUGAUUACUAGCACGGGUACAGUGAAGAUAGGAGAUUUUAGUGUCAGCCAGGUGUUUGAGGAGGACAAUGAUGAGCUUCGCCGUUCUCCUGGGACUCCUGUUUUCACUGCACCUGAGUGCUGUCUAGGUUUAACAUAUCAUGGAAAAGCUGCAGACACAUGGGCUGUAGGAGUUACUUUGUAUUGUAUGGUACUGGGAAAAUAUCCAUUUCUUGGAGAAACACUUCAGGAUACAUAUGACAAGAUUGUUAAUAACCCUUUAAAUCUGCCAAAUGACAUGAACCCAGAAUUGAGGAACUUACUAGAAGGACUUCUUUGCAAAGACCCAAAACAGAGGAUGACUUUGAAUGUUGUAGCAGAGCAUUCCUGGGUUAUCGGAGAAGAUGGACCAAUCCCCCAAUACCUGUGUUGGUGUAAGCGUAACAGCUACCAGAGGGGAGAAGUGAUACUCACGUGACAGAAACUGACUAGAUUAUCUUCGGGUUUUGAUAAUUUUAUGUACAGUAAAAAAAAACUAGGGUCUUCUUUUUGUCCUCUUACACUUUUUAAAAUUUGCACCAGAGGCAGAUACAAUAGCUAACACUGGAAGCAAAAUUUUCUGGAAUACAUUAGGUAAGGUAUACUAGGUUCAUUUGUGCAAGGAGUGAAUUUGUGAGAUUUGUUAUCUUAGCUUUCACACCCCCCCCUCGGAAGCUUCAGUUUGUGAAGGUUUUCUGCAUGCUAUAAGAUUUUUACGGUGUAUCAACAUUUGCAAUGACUUUUUAGUUUUGUAAUGAGAAUUACAAAUGUCUUCUCAUCGGUUUCACAGCA